AUGGGUAAAAUAGAUUUGCUCGAGCUUCAGUCUCGGUGUAAGAGAGACCCAGCCGGGUACCGCGAGGAUUUCCUCAUGCAAUUGGAACACUUCAACGCGUUGCACGCCGUCUUUUCGUCCUCGUCGUCUCACGUUGGAACCGGUGUUUCCUCUUCGAAAGAUCACGAAAAUUUCGGCGAUUUAGUCUCCUUCAUCAGUCACGUCCACACGGUGUACAAAUCCGAGUCGAGUUGGUUUCCGUCGCUGCUUUUAGCGCUCAUCGAUCAACACUUCAUGCGAUUGGAUGUUUCGCUCCGACGAAGGUUGGUGGCGGCUUUGAUUUUACUGAGAAACCGAAACUGCGUUUCGGUGAACCAAGCGUUGCCGAUUUUUUUUAAACUGUUUCGGUGCGCAGAUAAGCAGUUGCGAGCGUUAGUGUUUAAACACGUCGUCGCGGACGUGAAGUUGGCGAAUAAAGGGAAGAAGAACGAAGCGUAUAAUCGAGUGGUACGGCAGUUUUUGCGAGACGCGGUAAGGGACGAAAAUCCGGUGGCGGCGAAGAAGGCGCUGGCGAUCGUGACGGAGUUGUACAGGAGGAACAUUUGGAACGACGCGAAGAGCGUGAAUUUAGUCGUCGAGGCGUGUUUUCACCAACAUCCGAAGAUAUUAGUCGCUGGGUUGAAGUUCUUUCUCGGGCAGGACGAGGCGGCGGAGAGAGCGGCGGAGGAAGGCGGGGAGAGCGACGAAGACGACGAUGGCCUCGCGGGCGGUGAUAAGGAUAUGAACACGAAACAAGGCGGAAAGCAGCUCGUGAGUAAAGACGACGUGUUCAAGGCGUACCAUAAGGGCGUCGCAUCUUCCAAACGUAAGAAACAAGCUAAACUUAAACGAAUGAUCGCAUCGGUCCGAAAACAACAAAUCAAAGCCGAAGGCAACGAUGGUGAAGCUCGAUUUGCCGCCAUGCAACUCAUCGACGACCCGCAAGGUUUUGCCGAAAUGCUCUUCAAAAAGCUCAAAGAAGGCGCGCAAGCGUUUGAGACGAAAAUGUUGCUCUUACAAGUAGUCUCCAGAGUUGUCGGUUUGCACCAGCUGAUUUUGUUGAACUUCUACCCGUUCUUGCAGAGAUACAUUCAACCGAACCAGAGAGAUGUAACCAAACUCCUCGCCGCGGCAGCCACGGCGUGCCACGAACUCGUCCCACCAGAUGCCAUAGAACCGUUACUGAGACAGCUCGUCACGCAGUUCGUCCACGACAAAGCGCGACCGGAAGUCGUCGCCGUCGGCAUAAACUCCGUUCGCGAAAUUUGUAACCGCACUCCUUUAGUCAUGACGGAAGAUUUGCUUCGCGACUUGUCGCAGUAUAAAAAAGCGAGAGAUAAACCCGUGGCGACUGCGGCGAGAGCGUUGAUUGCUCUGUUUCGAGAACUCGCGCCGAGUUUGUUAGAAAAGAAAGACAGAGGUAAAGGUGCUGAUUUAGAGAAGAGCGUGAAAGCCUACGGAACGAAAGUGGUGAACGAACGCGUCGACGGCGCCGAGUUAUUGCAGUUGGAGCGCAUUAAACGAAAGCGGUUGGUGGCUGAAAUCGAAACUAUGACUGAGUUUGAAGAAGAGGAGGAUGAUGAUGAUGAUGGUAACAUCAAUAGUAAUAGUAAUAGUAAUAGCAAUAGUAAUAGCGACGAUGAGGAAGAAGAUGAAGAGAAUUCCGAGGAAGUCGAGGAUAUCGAACUCUCCGAAAACGAGUUGGAAGAAAACGACAUUCUUCCUGUGAAGAAGAAAAUGCGCGCGAACGGUAAACUCACCUUGGCGGAACUGAAACGGCGCCACAAAAUUGCCGUGUUGAAGGCGAAAAAAGUCGCCGAACGAGAAGAAAAGCUAGAAGAGGAAGAGCAACUGCGCAUGAUGGAAGAAGAAAAUCCAAUCGAACAGGAGAAAAUAUUCGGAGACGAAGAUUUCAACAAGAUCAAAGCGUUGCGCAUGCAAUCAAAACUGGACGAGAACUUGGACAAGAUGGGCGCUAAGAAAGUAAAGAACGCGGCGGAAACUGAUUUGACGCGGUUGGUGAUGCGCAAAGCCGAUCGGGCCUCCGAACGUCGCGUCAACCCGGACGCGUUGGCCGCCAUCGGCAUUCGACGCGCGCACGACAAAGCGUCUCGAUUGGCUACCGUCUUAGCCGGCCGAGAAGACAACGAAUUCGGUUCGUCCACCGCGAGACGUUUGAAGAAAACCGGCGGCGCUUCAAACAAAGAAAAAGCAAAGAAGAAACAGUUACCAUUGGCUGCUCGCAUUCACGCGGCGACGAGAAGACGCAACGCGCCCGUUCAAAAAGGCAAAAGACAAUUGGGAAGAUUUCGGAAAGUUUAA